ACCGCGCGACGCGCCGCGCGCCGAUCAGACGACACGAGCUCGCGGACCGCCGUGCGGGAUUACAGCCCAUCGCGUUAUCAUGACCGCACGUCGUCCCCUCGCGCUGUAAUCGGUAGUGUUGCGGUCUGACCGAAGAGCCUCGGGUCCGGAGGCCUCGGGAGGCGGGGCCUCGGAGUCCUGCCUUGUAAUUGGUCACCAUGCCCACCUCGCGCCCCGGCGCCGCCCCCGCCGACUACUGGGUGGACGGCUCGCGACGCGACGCCGCGGUGGAAGACUUCUACACCAUGGGCUCCGAACUGGGAAGGGGGGCCACCUCCAUCGUGUUCCGCUGUGAGGAGAAACAAACGCAAAAACCGUUCGCCCUGAAGGUCCUGAAGAAGACCAUCGAUAAGAAGAUCGUCCGCACGGAGAUCGGAGUCCUUCUGCGACUGUCCCACCCCAACAUCAUUCGAUUGAAGGAAAUCUUUGAGACCGAAACCAACAUCACCCUGGUGCUGGAGCUGGUGACAGGAGGGGAGCUGUUUGACCGGAUCGUGGAGCGGGGGUACUACAGCGAGCGAGACGCAGCACACGUCAUCAAACAGAUCCUGGAGGCUGUCGCGUACCUCCAUGAGAACGGUGUUGUUCACCGAGAUCUGAAGCCCGAGAAUCUCCUCUAUGAAGACAUGUCUUUGGACGCGCCUCUGAAGAUAGCGGACUUCGGUCUGUCCAAGAUCAUCGACGACCAAGUCCCCAUGAAGACCGUGUGCGGAACGCCGGGAUACUGCGCUCCUGAGAUCCUCCGGGGGAACGCCUACGGACCGGAGGUGGACAUGUGGUCGGUGGGAGUGAUCCUCUACAUCCUGCUGUGUGGCUUCGAGCCGUUCUUCGACCCCCGGGGGGACCAGUACAUGUACAGCCGCAUCCUCAACUGUGACUACCAGUUUGUCUCCCCCUGGUGGGACGAGGUGUCACUGAACGCUAAAGACCUGGUCAGCAGGCUGAUCCUCCAGGACCCCAGGAAGCGCCUCACUGUGCAGGAGGCGCUCUGUCACCCCUGGGUGCUCGGCAAGGCGGCGCGCUUCUCCCACAUGGACACGGCCCAGCGCAAGCUGCUGGAGUUCAACGCCCGCCGCAAGCUCAAGGCUGCUAUGAAGGCCGUGGUCGCCACCAGCCGGAUGCAUGAGAGCUCACGGCGUCGCACCGACAGCUGUGAGCUGCCUGGCUCAGGGGCCCCCCGGCAGGACAGCAUGCAGCAGGACCCGCCCCCGGACACAGACCACGCCCCUCCUGCCGGGGAAGCCCCACCCACCUCAGAGUCUGACAACAGCAAGACGGGGGGCUCCCCCCCUCCUUUGCCCCUGGCCCCGCCCACCAGACCUCCCCUGAAGGCUGACGGGCUGCGCCACCUGUCAGUCAUCCCCAUGACGCCCGGGGCUCCGCCCAGGAUGUCAAGGAAGCCCUACUCCGCUGUGGAGGCCACACCCCCCCCGACACUGACCACACCCCUUACCACAACGACACCCAUCGCCUCGGCCACGCCCAUCACCUUGGCCGCACCCCUAACAACAGACACGCCCCCCAGGAUAGCCACGCCCCCAAGCCCAAAGACUCUCAGUAACGGGUUUCCUGUAGGGGCGGAGCCAGAGGGCAAGGCCGCCCAAUGUCAAUGAGU